UAAGGAAAAGAAAUUAGUAUUAUUAUUAUAUUUAAAUUUCAAUAAAUAAACUGUAUAUGCAAGUACCUUCUGUCUCCCCCAUUGAGCUCAACAGCAACACUCUUGCACAGAGCUAAAGCAGAUCUAUCUGACUGAAGCUAAAGCUAAUUUUAAGGGCAGACUUCCUUUUAAAUACGAAGUUAGGAAAUAUGAAUCGUGGUGGUAGCUGCGGUGGGGGUCAGAGUUCAUUGGGAUACUUGUUUGGAAGUGAAGAGGCUCCAAAGCCCUCUGGAAACAAAACACUGGCAACUCCAGACGAGGUGCAAACUGUAGUUCAAUCCCCAAAACCUAAUUCCCCUCCAGAACCGGUUGAUAUUACCAAGCAGAUUCCUGCCGGAAUAAAUAGCACUGCUUUAAACAGUACUGCUGCAAACAACUACUUCAGAGCAGAUGGUCAGAAUACUGGUAACUUCCUCACGGAAAGGCCCUCAACCAAGGUGCACGCAGCCCCUGGCGGUGGAUCAUCUCUGGAUUACCUCUUUGGCGGAGAUUCCAAAUAGUUUUCUCUAUUCUAGUCACCUGUGUAGCAAAUUUUCAGCAGGCCAAAGAUUUUUAUCUGCCAAGUCUGUGGAUUGCCUAUAAUGGAAUGCAUUGUUAAAUUCGAAACCUUAUUAUCCGAUUGUCUAUUGUAUACCUAAGGCCUAAGGGUCUAUCACAGAGUUGUGAUGUUUCUUAGGGCUUGUGGUUUGAUUUUAUUCGAUAAUUAACUUCUCCAUAAUUAUACUCAAAAUUUUGAUGUUGCA